AUGGACGGCUACGGAUGGACGGGCCACGAAUGGACGGCCACGAAUGGACGACUACGAACGGACGGCUACGAACGGCCGGCACUACGAACGGACGGCCACGAACGGCCGGCACUACGAACGGACGGCCACGAACGGCCGGCACUACGAACGGACGGCCACGAACGGCCGGCACUACGAACGGACGGCUACGAUUGGCCGGCGCCACGAACAAAACGCGGCACGAACAGAACGCGGCACGAACGGACGGCUACGAACGGACGGCUACGAACGGACGGCUACGAACGGACGGCUACGAAUGGACGGCUACGAACGGACGGCACCACAAAUAGACGGCUACGAAUGGACGGCGCCACGAACAGAACGCGCCACGAACAGAACGCGCCACGAACAGAACGCGCCACGAACAGAACGCGCCACGAACAGAACGCGCCACGAACAGAACGCGCCACGAGUCGACCAAGAUUAGACACGUACCGUGUGAUCAGCGUAGCGUGGCAGGUAUGGCCUUCCUGGGAAGAGCUGAUCGGGGACGGUAAUUAUGUGUUCCUGAACGGGACUGCCGCUUCUUUAGCAUAUUCGGGCACGAUGUUGUCCGUUCUUCGUGUAGACGAGCCGUCAUUGCCCGAGGCGUUCGAUUAG